UUUCACUUUGCAACCGACUGGAUAUUCCAGACGUCGUUUGCACAGUGGGGAGAGUGGCUUCCCUUGCGGAUGUUUUUACUUCCUGUAUUUUGGACAAUUUGGUGGCAGUAGCAGACGAUAUGCAUAAGUUAAAGCAGAUUUAUGAGUUCAUCGAGCUAAUGUUGAUCCACGAAUUUUGAGCUGUGUGACUAUUGACAAGUUAUUAACAUGGCCUCAUCGCUGAAAGAUGUUUCAGACCAAAGCAGCAGUUGUGUUCAUCCAAUUUCUUCAUGCACAUCUAAAUUAAACAUUUCAGCGAAUUCAAAAUCCAUCAAAACAGACAUUGACAGAUCUUCUAAUUCGAAUGUCUGUAAUCCAGACUUUAACAGAACAGACCUUUUAGACAGCACAGACUCGCAAUCUGAGACACUUUCUGGUGAGCACAAAUCUAGUGACAGUAUCCCAUCGUCAGCACAAGAAAACAAUGAAAAUAUAUCCAGAAGUAUCAGUCAGAUCAAUCAUGAAAUCGAUGCGAUAUUGGCGCGUAAACUGAGCAGUGCUGACCUAGACUCUGGGAAGAGAUUGAGAAAGAAACUAUCCACAAUACUAGCUGUGGAGGAGGCGCCCGCAUGGCGAGACAUUGGGGAGUACGAGGUACUGAAGAGAACAAAGUGUCGAAGAAUUCAUUCCAAACUGGGACAAAACAAAGACCUAGCACUUUUCUUUCGUGCUGGCAAAUUUUAUGCCAUGGAAGCCUGGUGUUCUCAUAUGGGCGGUCCAUUGUUUGAAGGAGACAUAGAGGAGUAUAGAGGUACUUGUCACAUUAUGUGCCCCUGGCAUGCCUACAUGUUUGAGUUGGAAACAGGAGCCUCUGAGAUUGGACUCAAGCAACAAGUCUAUCCUGUCAAAGUCGAAGAUGGACACGUGUACAUAGAAUACAUCUCACCUCUUGCUCUGUACCCUUUUCUGUAGACGUGGUCACGUGGCUCAAGGAGAAUUAUGUAUAUGUGAUUAUUAUUCACCAUUGACUUUUUGAUAAACACAAAAUGUGAUUUUAAAAAACUCACUGUCGUUCUCACAUAUUUUUUAGCAUUAUUUUGUGAGUAGUCAUUAAAUCUGUUUUAGUCCAUUCAGAGGACAAACAAAACCAAUGCCUGGUAGAAACAGACUGAACAAAAUGAAUGGAAUGUGUCUGGAAAGAAAAACAGAUUUCUUACGUACAAAACACUUCAAUAAAAAUGAAAUUUCGACUUAGUGUGGCAAAAAAUGCUUUAAAAGGGGUUGACAAAAGGAAACUGGAGGAUGCUAGUAUAUAACAACUUUAUUCAUUAAACUGGAGGAUGCUAGUAUAUAACAACUUUAUUAAUUAAACUGGAGAAUGCUAGUAUAUAACAACUUCAUUCAUUAAACUGGAGAAUGCUAGUAUAUAACCACUUCAUUAAUUAAACUGGAGAAUGCUAGUAUAUAACAACUUCAUUAAUUAAACUGGAGAAUGCUUGUAUAUAACAACUCAUUCAUUAAAUAACAACUGAAUAGACGUUGAUGUCUUACAGUUCACCAUACACAAAAUUAUAAAAGGUGAAAAAAAAUCACAUUAUUUUUCUAAAGACAUUUCUGCAACUUUGUGUUUUGUUUCUUGAUUCACUUGACUAUUAAAUGCAGAGAUUUAAGAGAAUGACACUUUAGAGAUGUAACUUUGUUCUAUAAACUAUUACUAUCAAAUGUAAUUCAUCAUUUUAAUUAAAAUAUUCAUUUUUUGUU